UGAAUGUAGAGAGUCAAACCCCGGGUUUUGCUAAAUACACGAGAACCUGGAGCUCUACUACGUCGAGCCAGGAGCUGUCAAACUCUCCUGCUUGUGUUCCAGUUCAACGUUGACCGUGCGACUCGUCAUUCAACACAGCACUAUGGAGAGCAAUUUGAAGUUGUAUCUCUUCGGAGACCAAACCUUUGACAUCCAGCCGCACUUGAGAGACCUUCUCGGCAAGAGACACAACCCCAUCGUACAGAGCUUCCUGGUGAAAGCCUACGAUGCCGUUCGAGCCGAGAUUUACCAAGUGCCACGCCCGCUCCGGGACGACAUGCCACGGUUCACCUGUCUCGAGGACUUGAUCUUGUACGACCAUGGCUCGAAGCGAUGCCUUCCCCUCGACAUGGCUGUUACCUCUUUGUAUCAGCUGGGUGUAUUUCUCGGCCAGGAGGCAGACACAUGGCACUGUCCAGGGGCUAAGUCUAGCGUUCUCGGCCUCUGCACCGGGGCGUUAGCUGCGGCUGCCGUCAGUUCCAGUCGGAACUCGCUGGAUCUCGUCCAGAAGGCCGUAGAUGCAGUCACUGUCGCCUUCAGAAUAGGAAUGCGUGUGGCCGAGGUGGCGAAGAGAGUUACGUCUUCAUUGAAGCCAGACCAGCACUGGUCAAUCAUCGUCCCCGGGUCCAAGGCCCACGAGAUUAUUGAAAAGUUCAUUGAGCACACAACUUUGCCCCUGACAAGCAGGCCUUAUCUCAGCGCCUUUGCACCGAACGGCGUCACUGUCAGCGGGCCCCCAGAAUCGCUUGCGCAACUCGUCCAGGGCAACUUCAAGGAGGGGCAGUUCAAGAGUAUCACAAUCUACGGACCAUAUCAUGCGCCGCACUUGUACUCUCAGUUUGAUGUCAACGAAAUUAUCAGGGAUCUGCCCUCGAGCAGCGCGAAUUCGGAGACGGGCCAUGCCAAACUCGCCUUCCUUUCGGGCGCCGGAGUGAAGACAGAAAAUCAGGGUGAUUUCACAACCCUCUUGAAGGAUUCAGUGGGGCAAAUUUUGCUCCAGCCAAUUCGUUGGGGUGGCAUCCUGGAAGAGUUGCAGACUUGGAUCCAGAAGGCCGACGGCACAACCGCCAAGGCAUUCACCGUGAUUCCCAUUGGAACCACUGCCGACCAGCUCAUCUACACUGCGCUGAGACAGACGUCGUUGAGGACUGUGGUGCCUCCUCCUUUGAUAGCAACCGGACGAAACAAACGCAGCUCCCUAGAGGGUGAUGCGUCAUCCUAUCCGAAUCCCUCGAAGCCCAAGCUUGCCAUCGUGGGCAUGUCAGGGCGGUUCCCCGGGGCCAAGGACAACGAAGCUUUCUGGCGGCUCCUGGAGCAAGGUUUGGAUGUUCACAAGCCUGUUCCCCCGCUCCACUGGGAUGCCAGAACCCACGUCGACCCGACCGGAACGGGAAAAAACACAAGCGCUACGCCAUAUGGCUGCUGGCUAGACGACCCCGCCGUGUUUGACGCGCGCUUCUUCAAUAUCUCGCCUCGCGAGGCACCGCAAAUCGACCCUGCGCAGCGCCUUGCUCUGAUGACGGCCUACGAAGCCAUUGAACAGGCCGGCCUAGUCCCAGGCGCGACGCCUUCCACCCGACAUGACCGCGUCGGAGUCUUUUACGGCGUGACAAGCAACGACUGGAUGGAGACCAACAGCGCCCAAAACAUUGAUACGUACUUCAUCCCCGGGGGCAAUCGUGCCUUCAUCCCCGGACGUAUCAACUACUUCUUUAAGUUCAGCGGUCCAAGUUAUGCAGUAGAUACGGCCUGCUCGUCCAGCCUGGCAAGCAUUCACCUGGCGUGCAACUCGCUAUGGCGAGGCGAUGUCGAUACGGCCAUUGCCGGCGGGACCAAUGUCUUGACGAACCCAGACUUCACGGCCGGCCUCGACCGUGGCCACUUCCUCUCGCGCACGGGGAAUUGCAAGACUUUUGAUGACGAGGCUGACGGAUACUGUCGGGGAGAAGGUAUAGGCACUGUGAUCCUGAAGCGCCUCGACGAUGCCCUUGCCGAUCACGAUCCGAUCUUGGGCGUCAUCCUAGGUGCCUACACCAACCAUUCAGCCGAAUCCGAGUCCAUUACUCGACCGCACGUUGGCGCCCAGCGUGCCAUCUUCACCAAGAUCUUGAACCAAGCUGCCGUGGACCCUUACACCGUUAGCUACGUCGAGAUGCACGGGACAGGCACGCAAGCCGGCGAUGCUGGCGAAAUGUCGAGUGUUCUGGACGUCUUUGCGCCCCCACCGUCGCAGAGCAAGAGAGGACGAACCAGCGACGAGACUCUCCACAUUGGAUCAGCCAAAGCUAACAUUGGCCACGGCGAGGCCGCCUCUGGCGUGUCUAGUCUCAUCAAGGUACUUUUGAUGAUGCAAAAGAACACCAUCGUCCCUCACUGCGGCAUCAAGACGACGAUCAACCGCAAGUUUCCGACCGACCUGCGGGAUCGAAACGUCAGAAUAGCCCUCAAACCGACGCCAUGGAGGAGAAGCUCCAGCCCUUCAAAACCGAGGCGGGUGAUGGUGAACAACUUCAGCGCAGCCGGUGGGAAUUCGGCCCUGUUGAUCGAAGAUGCCCCCGCGACGCAGGAACCCGUCGCGACCGUAGACAAUGACGCCGACCCGCGAAGUCCCCAUCUCAUAGCCUUGUCUGCCAAAAACGGGGUGUCCUUGCAGGGAAAUCUUCGGUCCAUGUCGGAAUUCCUCAAGGAGAAUCCGCAAGUCUCGCUUGGUCAGCUCUCAUACACAACGACGGCACGUCGCAUCCACCAUCAACACCGUGUCAUGUUUGCCGGCUCGAAGGUCGAGGAGCUGCGUACACAGAUUGAAACGGCACUGCGGGAUUCGGCGGGAAUGACCAGACCCAAAAGCGCACCCAAGGUGGUCUUUGCCUUUACUGGUCAGGGCGCUCAGUACCCAGGAAUGGGAAACCAGCUGUUCCAAACUUUGUCUUUCUUCCGCAGCGAGAUCUGCCGGCUCGAUCAGAUCGCCCAGAAGCUGGGAUUUCCGUCCAUGCUGCCGUUCAUUGAAUCCGAGGAGCAAAACAGCGACGGGUUCGCCCCCGUCGUCGUGCAGACGGCCAACGUCUGCAUGCAGAUUGCUUUGAGCAAGCUUUGGCAGUCGUGGAAUAUCUCCCCCACCGCCGUCAUCGGACACAGCCUGGGAGAGUACGCCGCUCUCAACACGGCUGGUGUGCUGUCGGACGCCGAUACCAUCUACCUCGUCGGGAAGAGAGCCCAGGCGCUUGUCGAGAAAUGCACUCGCGAUACCCAUGGCAUGCUUGUGGUCCGGGGAUUGACCGAUGAAAUUGCGGCCGUCCUGGGAGACAAGGCCAGCUACGAAAUCUCGUGCAUCAAUUCCCCGGUUGAGACGGUUCUCGCCGGUUCCAACGAGCAGAUUUCUGUACUCAAGGAUUUGCUCACGGAUGCGGGCAUGAAGACAACGCCGCUCAAAGUCCCGUUUGCGUUUCAUUCCUCCCAGAUGGACCCGAUGCUACCGGACCUGUGGCAACUGGCCAGUUGUGUCACGUACAACAAAGCAAAGAUUCCUGUCAUUUGCCCCUUGGAUACGCAGGUCCGUUAUCAUGGCAACGACGAUGACGGCUUCAUGUUCGGCCCGGAUUAUCUUGUUAGUCAUACGCGCAAACCAGUCAACAUGCUCGGGGCACUCGCAGGAGCGCACGCACGCCAGGUCAUUGGCGACCAAUCUACCAUCCUAGAGAUCGGCCCACACCCGGCCAUCUCGGGCAUGGUAAAAGCCCUCCUCGGGACUCGGAUCCCAUGCCUCCCCUCGGCGCAGCGUGGCAGAUCGGCCUGGCAGGUCCUAGGUGGGAGCAUCAAAUCUCUCUACACUGCCGGGGCCGACAUUGCAUGGGCAGAAUACCACCACGGUUUCAAAGCUUCGCACAAGGUCCUUCCGUUGCCGGCGUACAGCUGGGACCUGAAGGAGUACUGGAUUCAAUACGUCAACGACUGGUCCCUGCGGAAAGGGGAUCCGCCCCUGGUCGUCAGCAGCGGUAGCUCAAGACUGGAGAGCACCACCAUCCACAGAGUUGUCGAGGAGACACACGACUCUGCGGACCGAACCCGUAUUGUCGUCGAGGCGGAUAUCGCACGCGAGGACCUCAGCCCGCUCGUCCAGGGCCACGAGGUCGAUGGCAUUCCGCUCUGUACUCCGUCAGUGUAUGCGGAUAUUGCGUUGACCCUGGGCACGUACCUUCAGCAGCAACGCCGGCAGCGAGCAAACGACAUGGGGAAUCUCGUCGACGUGUCCGACAUGACCAUUUCGAAAGCCUUGAUCCUCCGGGCCGGCGCAGACAAGCAGCCCCUUCAGGCGCACGCCGAGGUCGAUUGGUCUUCUCAGUCGGCGACCGUCAAGUUCAUGUCCUUUGAUAGCAAGCAAAAACUGCAGGAACACGCGCGCUGUCUGGUCCAUUUCGACAAGGAUCGAAAGGCCCUGCAGCAGGCGCUGCAGGCGAACACGGCCAGCGUGAAGCAAAAGAUGCAGGCUCUCCGGGACGGCAUCGCGGCGGAAACCACAGCCCGCUUCAACCGACCCAUGGUGUACCGCGCCAUCCGGCCGCUGGCCCGCUUCCAUGACGACUACCGCGCCAUCGACGAGAUCGUCCUAAACAGCAAGACGCUGGAAGCCUCGAGUCGUCUCAGCUUCGGCAGUGUCAAGCGAGGUGGGAACUUCCAUACCCAUCCGGCCAUCAUCGACGCCCUGACGCAGUCCUGCGGCUUCACCAUGAAUUGCAACGACAACACCGACUUGGAUAACGAGGUCUUCAUGAACCACGGAUGGGGUUCGCUGCAAUUGUUUGAAGAGAUGGACUUUGACAAAGUGUACACGACAUACACACGGAUGGAGGAGGGGAAGGAUAAGCUGUGGCAUGGCGAUGUGAUCAUCUUUGACGGGGACAAGGUUGCGGCGUAUUUUGGGCAGAUCGCGAUCCAAGGCGUACCACGUCGAGUCCUCAAGGUCAUCCUCUCGAUCGAAAGCGGCGUCAAAUCGUCCCAGAAGCAGCAAGCUGCGCCAGCAAAAGCCAACCAACAGGAACAUCCGUCCAUCAGAGCAGGACGAGUUCCUGCUGCAAAUGGCAACUUUGCCAAGGCGCUCGCCAUUAUAGCUGAGGAGAGCGGGCUUGCUGUGGCCGACUUGGAAGCCGAGGGCGUCGUCUUCAGUGACGUCGGCAUUGACUCUCUGCUGGGACUGACCAUCUCGGCUCGUUUCAAGGAGGAACUCGACCUCGAUCUAGACUUCAACGCCCUGUUCUACGAGUACCCCACCGUGGGCCACCUGAAAGUGUUCUUGGGGGGUGCCGGUCACGAUCCGACAUCAAAUAGUGGCAGCGACACCGAAUCACGGUUCCCGUCUGCGCCGAGAAGCACUACGACGGGAGCCACCACGCCUGAUGCCAGAGUCGAUUUUCAGCGCGCCCUUCAGAUCAUCUCGGAAGAAAGCGGUAUCGAGGUCAAAGAUCUCACCGACAACACGAGCUUCGCUGACGCCGGCGUGGAUUCUCUGCUGUCGUUGGUCAUCGCCAGCCGGUUUCGGGACGAGCUUGACCUGGACAUGUCGCAUGAGCAGCUUUUCCUCGAGUGUCCGACCGUGGAGGAUUUGAGAAAGAUGUUGGCUGGAAAUGAGAUUGACAGCGGUCUCGCAAGAGAUUCCGGCGCGGAUGGCUUGGUUGGCAACUUGAACACUGAGAAAGUGUCCGCCAGACUUGCCGCCGAAGCAUCUGGGCCUUCUUCCGAGUCGACGACGUUGAGGGAUCGCCCUGCACACAGCGACCCGGGCGAGAGUGCUGCUGCUGCUGCUGCUGCCGCUCCCGCGGCGGUUCAGGCUGCUCAAGUUGCCCAAGCCGCCCUUGAAGCACGCAGGGCAGCUGUUGACGCAUAUGUUCGGAAGUACGUUGCCGGCUUCUCUGCGCCCGGUCAAGUUGUUUCACUUUCGACUGGUACCGCACCAAGUGGCGACGAAAAGGUGGUCCUGGUGACCGGCGCAUCCGGCAGCCUGGGAAGCAACCUGGUGUACCACCUCGCGCAACUUCCCGACGUGAAGACGGUUGUCUGCCUGAACCGCGAGAACAAACUGGAGCCCUACCUCCGUCAACAGAAGGCCAUGCGGGAGAAGGGUAUCCGGUUUCCCGAAUCUCUAAUGUCUAAGCUGCUUGUCUUGCAGACGGAUAGCUCAAAGGCCAUGCUGGGGCUGUCGAAGAGCCAGUAUGAGGGCCUCGCAAAAACAGUCACGCACUUGAUCCACAACGCGUGGCCCAUGAGCGCGAAGCGCCCCCUGGCCGGCUUUGAGUCGCAGUUCCAGACUAUGCGGAACCUCAUCGACCUCGCCUGCGACGCCGCGUCUCAACGCCCAGAGUCCUUCCUGUUCAGCUUUCAGAUGGUGUCUUCCAUCGGGGUGGUUGGGCACUAUGGUCUCGGCAAUUGGGAUGGAAAGGGGAAAACCGUGGUGCCAGAGAGCAGGGUGGAUAUCGACUCCGUCCUGCCCAACGGCUACGGUGACGCAAAGUGGGCAUGCGAGAGGAUGCUCGACGAGACGCUGCACAGGUACCCCAGCCGCUUCCGCACCAUGGCUGUCCGUCUGGGCCAGAUCGCCGGUUCCAUGACUAGUGGGUAUUGGAACCCGAUGGAGCACUUCGGGUUCCUGGUCAAGUCAUCGCAAACACUCAACGCCCUCCCAGACGUGGACGGCACCGCCUACUGGACUCCCGUCAACCAGGUCGCGGCUGUCCUGUCGGACCUGGUUCUUAACCCCAAUACUCCCAAUCCCUACCCCGUCUACCACAUUGAGAACCCCGUCGGGCAACCGUGGCGGAAGUUGAACGCCAUUCUCGCGGAUGCGCUCGGGAUUCCGAAUCUGAUCCCGUUCGGGGAGUGGGUUGAGCGCGUGCGGACGGCACCUGCGAAGAACAACCCGGCCGCGACCUUGUUGGAGUUCUUGGAUAGUAAUUAUCUCCGUAUGUCGUGUGGCGGGCUGGUUCUGGAUGUAAAGCAUAGUCUGGAGCACUCCAAGACCUUGCGUGCCGUAGGCCCGGUGAGCGAGGAAGUUGUGAGGAAGUACAUUCACAUUUGGAGGGAGAUUGGUUUCAUACAUUAGGAGGGUGGACCAAGGGAUUAUAU